GCUGACGCUUUUGUCUGUUUCCAGGUCCCAGCCUGGAUUCUCAAGGCCUCGAGUCCUUGCCACAGAUCCUAAGCUUGGAAGUUGUCGAUUAAACGAUUGGGUCACGUAAAUCUAAUAAAAGCCUUAAAUCUUUUCUCUCUUUUUUUUUGGGUACCACUCAAAACAAUUGAAAAGAUUAGCCAAGAUUUUUGGAUUUUGAGGGUCUUGUAUUAGAUGGAUAAGUUUAUGGUGUUGCUUUGAGUAAAAGGGUACAGAAAGAAGAAGAGAUUUCAGCGUCGGAAACUUUGAUUUCUGAGCUGGGUUUUUCUUAAUUUCUUCUCUGAGAUGGUCAAGCUUUGUUUGAUGGCAUCUCAUGGGUACCCUCUUGGUAAUGGGUUAGUGUUUGUUCCAGAGCAGACCAGAGUCCUUAAGGUAAAGGACUCACAGCCGUAUUUUCCAUGUCAGGGAGCAAGACAUGAGAUAAAAAGACCAAACUCCCUUAGUGUGGAGCCAUGUCAGCAUGAGCCAUGGAGACCCGUGAAUGGAUUCUGUGACCGCACUCAGUUUGCCAGGAUUGAUUCACCAGUUGGAAGGCCUGUGCUUAUUGAUGUGCAAGACACUUGCCCUGAUUCAGUACUCUUUAGCUUUGGGAUAGCUGAACAAUGUACUAAACAUGAGAAAAUCUUGAAGUUUCUCACAUCGGGAUCAAGUGAACUAGAAAAAAGUGGAUUGGAUUUAUCUUUACUGUCCGACUUGAUGGAUCUUCAGGCUUUGGUGUUGGAUGUGCAUCAGCAACCCUGCUCUCCUCUUAUUUAUCCAAAUGGCUCCUGUGAUGCUCCAAAGCCUUUAGUGGACUUUGUGGGGGACUUGGCCUCUAGUUCUAAAAUUACAGUUCAUCCAGAUGGUCGAGUGUUGUUAACUGGCAGUGGGACGGAAAUGAAGGAUAUCCUCUCUAUUGUUGCUGAGUUUUACUUGUCAAAGACCUCAACGACAUGGACAAAGCAGUCAAUGCUUGUUCCCCGGUUUGCCUGGCCUCAUAUAAGCGAAACACAAGCUAAUGUUCUUAAUUCUUCAUUGAAUGUCAAAGAUGUGACGGCACCUUUGAGGAGCUCGGAGAAAAUCAAGCUCAAGCCGUCACCAAAGAAGAAGAGUUGCAGGAAAGGCAAUAAAGAGAGGGAUCUCUACCAGAGGAACUAUUUUCAUGCGUGUGAGAGCCUUCUGUCCUUGAUGAUGGACAAGAAACGGCAUGGCAAAACAGCAAUCCUCUCUCUAAAGAAGUCUGGCCCUGAACUCCCCUCGCUGCUGACCCAAUUCUCUGCUGGCAUUGCUGGGACUGGACUUGCUGUUCUUUUCUCUGUCGUCUGCAAAGUAGCUUGUGGAAGGAUGCCGUUCUGUACAGCUAAACUCUUCAGCACUGGAUUUGGAUUUGGCUUGGUUUGGCUCUCUUGGGCUGUGAAUAGACUUAGGGACACAAUCAUCUAUAUCAGCAAGAACGCAAGCAAAUUAGGUCUGAAGGAUGAGGAAAUGCUAAGGAUUGUGGACAGAAGUUUAAAAGACGUCUACUUUAGAGCUGCAACAUUAAUGGUGGUAGCAGCACUGAGGCUUGCAUGAGCAUUGAGCCGCUUAAUGUCACAGAAAAGACGGUAAUUUGCAUAACGUGGUUCGGUGAUGCUGUAAUUGUAAAUGAUAUAGCUAAUAGCUGUGUUAAGGGACGAUUUUAUUACACUUGCAAGGAUGUCUAGCUGUUGGGCUGAAGUCAUAUCCCUUAGAUCUUGGCUGGAAUGGAGCAAGGUUCUCAACGCAAGCAGAUUCUUGAUAUGAUCUUGAUCUCAUGUGAGACUGAGCUGUGCUUCCAUUGCCAGUUAGCUUUCGUCUUCUCCUUCUUUUGCAUCUGUCUUUCUAAUGCAAUCGUGUCAAGAGGAAGUUAACUGGAACAAAUACUCUCUGUCUCUCUCUAAUCUAAUCGAGUCAGCAAGUCAAAUGGAACAAAAUAUGUGAAGAUGCAUAUAUACAAUUUUUGCAUGGAAACCAUCCUUGUUGCUUUGGGCCAAUUUAGUUGUUAGAAGCUCAAGGGUUCUGAAAGUUUUACCAUUUUGCAUGGGUUGUCUAAACUGUUGUCUUCCCAAAUAGGAUUCUUCUAAUCGACUCUUCUAUUGCAUCGGCCGAAA